UUCUAUUUGCUCAGUGUUGCAAAAAUGUGUUGGAACGAAUCAUCCACUAAGGUGAUUUUGAUGCGGGUGAUUAGGUAGAUUACCUUCUGGCAGCGGGUCAAAGAUGCUACGGAGCAUGACAGUUGUCAGGCUUCAAACACGAAGUCAGAGGGGUUACCUUGCUAAGGGGGUCCGGUGUGCGCAGUGCCUGCGGCUCCGUUCAUGAGAUUUUCCCAUGAUGGGGUCGGGGGGGUCGUCACCGCAACCCCAAGCUGAAUGUGCCAAAUGUGCCCAAAAACCCGCCAUGUCGAACGAGGAGCGGACUUUCAUUGCCAUCAAGCCAGAUGGAGUUCAGAGGAGGCUUGUUGGAGAAAUCAUAAAGAGAUUUGAACUAAAGGGCUUCAAAAUGGUGGGGAUGAAAUUUGUCCAGGCCCCGGAGUCUCUGCUGAGGGAGCACUACGCUGACCUCCAGGACAGACCUUUCUUCCCAGGCCUCGUCAGCUACAUGACCUCAGGACCAGUGGUGGCCAUGGUGUGGGAAGGGUUCAACGUGGUGAAGACAGGCAGGGUAAUGCUGGGAGAGACCAACCCUGCAGACUCUAAACCCGGCACCAUCCGAGGGGACUACUGCAUCCAAGUGGGCAGGAACAUCAUCCAUGGCAGUGACUCAGUAGAGAGUGCCAACACAGAGAUCAACCUGUGGUUCAAACCUGAGGAGCUGUGCAGCUACACUAGCUGCUCUACCAGCUGGCUCUACUGAUCUAGGAUCAGUUUACCAUCCACAAACCCUAACCUUUAGGACUAGGAGGGGGAAUGUAAAACUGACCUUAGAUCAGAGACAACUUCAUCCUACUCUUCCUGGCGACUGAGGACCACGCCACCUUCUGUUCACUUACUGUACCUGUCUGUGAUUGGUCCAUCCGUGGUUCCAUUCGUUCCUCUGGAUGUACCGUUGUCAUGGUAAAUGUGUGUUUAACUGCCUGUUUUGUUCAACUGAGCUUUCCAAUAAAAAACUCACAACCCCA